GGCCUCAUUGAUUUGUAUGCCUCGUGAAUAAAUAGAACUUUUUUUAAAGCAGUUGGAUUGGAGUUAGUUUGUACAACUUGGAGGCUAAAGCAAUACGCUCAGUUGUUCUGUUACUUCUAUCAUUUUGAAUCUGCUAAACUAGCUCUUGAAAGGAAACAUGCAACUCUGCAAGGGUCGUUUUCUUGGAAUUUCAGUGGCUGUCGCUCACGGAUUUUUUUCGGGGUCUCUCAAUAUUUUAUUAAAAUUUCUGAUUACUACUUAUCAUUUUGACUACCUCACCUUGAUCCAGUGUCUAACAUGCACCUCUGCGGCUCUAAUACUGGAGAUUCUGAGAAGGCUAGGAAAAGUAGAUGUGCCUCCCUAUAACUUGCAUAUGGCCAAAGUUUUUGCAGGUGUAACAAUUUUAUCUACGUUACAGUCCUGUUUUACCCUGUGGGCGUUAAGGGGGCUCAGUCUCCCCAUGUACGUGGUUUUUAAACGCUGUCUACCUCUGGUUACGUUGAUGAUUGGUGUCUGCGUACUGAAAAACUGCAUCCCGUCUAUUGGAGUUAUAACUGCAGUAUUCAUUACUACUUGCGGAGCAGCAUUAGCAGGGGCUGGUGAUCUGACAGGAGACACCUUUGGUUAUGUGACAGGAGUGCUUACAGUCAUUGUCCAUGCUGCGUACCUUGUGAUUAUUCAAAAAACAAGUACUGAGAGUGAAUAUGGGCCACUGACAGCCCAGUACGCCAUUGCCAUCACAUCCUCUCCUUUGCUCUUGAUCUGUUCAUUUGUUAGCAUGGAUACCAUUAAUGCCUGGUCAUUUCCGGGAUGGACCAACCCUUUUGUGACGUGCACAUUUGUUGCCAGUAUUGUUUUUGGCUGUGCCAUGAACUUCACCACCCUCCAAUGUACCUACAUCAACUCAGCAGUCACCACCAGCUUUGUCGGCGUGUUGAAGAGCAUUGUUACUAUUACAGUUGGGAUGGUCGCCUUCAGUGAUGUAGAGCCUACAACUCUCUUCAUUGCAGGUGUGGUGGUCAACACUGUGGGUUCAAUCACCUACUGUAUUGUGAAGUACUUUGAGACGAAGCAGCAAAGUAAGUACGAAGAUCUGGAAGAAGCAGCUAAAGAUGAAGAGUUACCCGGCGAGGCUUAUAAACCGGAUGAGCCCAAAGAAAAUGGGCCUGGAGAGAUUGUGCCAAGUGGAACUCUAGUAGGACCAAUUGAUGCAAACGGUUUUCUGGAACCCAUAGAAGUGAAUGGCCUGGUAGAGUCCAUGGAAAUGCAAACACAAGCAAAUCCAACUGAGGGAGAACCAAAGGGCCAAUCACUGAGUGACACUUAUGCCGGAGUAUGGAGGUCGAUUCGAAAUUUCAAGUUUAUGAAAAAAGACACUUUAAUUGAAAACGAGGAGUUACAAAGUCCUUGAUAUUAAAUGUAGGAUAUUCAAUGUAAGCAUGUUAUUGUUAAGAAUAACUGAGCUGGUAUGUGUUUUUAAAAAUCUUUGAAUGUCAUAAAAGCCAGCUUUUUCUAAUGUUUUUUUUUUUUAAUCUGGGCUCUUCACUGACAUGACCUUUUGGGGCUUGAUUACUAUAGCAUUCCACCAGUCAUGACAUUUCUACGAUUAUUACUGGCACAUUUUUAACUAUCUGUUCAUACAUCUUUACCCAUUUUUAUACAUUAUUCCAAGGAUGAUGGAAUUACUUUAAUAGAACUAACAAAACAAGCAUAUCGGUGCCAUUCAUCCCUCGCCACGGCUGUUACAUUCAAAAUGAAAUCCAUCAAUAACAUUAAAUCUAAAGCUUUAGCUUGUGCUAAGGUUUGACCUGACCAAGUUUCAUCACAUAAGAUAUCUCUUGAUCUAUGUAAAAACUCCUUUUUCUAUGGAAAGUGUGACAGACAGUCAGACAGACAGCUUCCAUAUACCUUCAGAUUAUAAUGCAAUUAUUAGCUUGUACAUUUGGACAAGCAGCAUUCAAAACUGUAAAAUGACAUAUAGAAAGACAGUGGAACAGGCAGACAAAAACCCUCCAUAUACCCUGAGAUUAUGGUACACUGAUUUGACUAUAUGUAAGACUCACGAUUCAUGUUUAAUGCGUGUUCGAUUUUUUAAUAGCAUUUUUCGUUGCAAUUAGUGAAGAAAAUGCAUUUGAACAUAUUUGAGUGAUAUACUUCUGAUAGAUAAUACAUGAAAGAACACAAUCGACAUUUAAAAGAUGCAGUCAUAGGAAAAACAGCAAUUAGUUACAGACUGAGCAUGGUGGUUGCUUCUUGGAGUUGGAGUUCUUGUUUUUUUAUAUUAUUAUUUAUUUAUUUAUUUAUUUAUUUAUUUAUUAGCAGAUGCCCUUAUGCAGGUUGACUUACAGUUGUUACAAAGUAUCACAUUACAAAAUGUCACGUUACAGAUAAGAGCAGUUAUACAAUACAAUAAAUUCAGUAGUGUGAUACAAGUACUGACAGUACGGGACAGUACCAGGGCCUGAACUAGGAGCUGCGUGUAGUCGGUGAUGAAGGGGCGAAUUUUGCUUCUGUUGCUGAGGAAGAAGCGACAGGAGAGUGCCAGAGUAGAGAUGUGCUGAGAGUAGGAGAGGGAGGGGUUGCGGGUGACACAGAGGUUCUUGGUGGAUGAAGCGGGAGAGAGGGGGUUGGUUUCAAGAGGAAUAGAGAUAAAGAGGUGGGGGAGGAAGAGGUGGGAGAAAAGUCUGAUUUGGAG